AUGUCAAUCAAUUCGUUUGUUUCGACAACCGAGGAUCGACAAGUAGCAUCGAUAUUUUCUGGAUCAGGUCAAUUAAGACCCGAACAUGAAUCAGUUAUAUUUGAGGUUUCGAUCGAUACAUCACUCGGCGAUUGUGUACCUUCAUUCGCUAAUGUAUCUCAUUUAAGCGCCGUUGCCGACGAAGGAGAAAUUUUACUAGCCAUGGGUGCUGUUUUUCGUAUCGAAUCUUUUGAUGAAGUCGAAGAUGGAGUUACUCUUAUUCGUUUGUCAAUGUGCACACGAGAUGAUGAACAAUUCGCACAGUUCAAAAAAGUCAUUUUCAAUAUUCAACCUUUAGUGUCAUUCGAGAUGAUUGAUUGGCGACACGAAUCAGGAGCGAUGCUCGCAUUGGCAUUUCUCCUUCUGAAAAUGGGUGAGCGACGUAAAGCAAUUGUAAUGUACGAUAUGGCUAAAACUCGAUUCGUUAGAGAGCAACGGAUUGAUCCGCUCUUCGAAUAUUUGUGCAAAGGUAUCAAAGUACAUUUUGAUAGCUUGAAAGCUUUACUAAGUGAAAAUGGUGCAUUAGACUUUAUACGGCAUAGUGUGUCUGACGAAAGUCGGCAAAUCACAGCUACUAUUGCUCCCGAUCUGGUGAGCCUUAUUACAGAAAUAGCAUCAUUCGACUCUCUUCAUGAAGUCGAUCCCAGAAACUUUCGGGAACGACUCUACCAUGCAGUACAACCAUUGUCUAGUAUAAUAAAUCCUGAAAUUUUACUUCAAAGUAUGGGUUUUAUUAGCUCUAAUAAUGGACGAAACCAGGAUCUAUCAAAUCCUCAAACGAUAACACAAAAUGAGUUACGACAUCUCUUAGGCAGCAAUCAUUUCAGUGAACGAGAAUCAUUAUUACAGAAAGCACAAGAAGCCGAACAAUGUGGUAAUACAGACCUAGCUCUUGACUUUACUUACAAUGCGUGA